CCUCAGCAAUGCAGCAAGAUGGUCCAAAUUCAACUUCAAAGAGGACAAACAAGGGAAAAAAUGAACGCUACAKWGCUGCUGCACAUCCUAAAAUGCUCUCUUUAUCAGAAGCAAAAAGGAAAGCUGCRAAAUUUGCUGCAAAGAAUGAUAAAAGUCUSCGAGUUGGAGCAAAACGAGCGAUUUUGCGCGAACUAAACUCUCAUUUGGUUGUGAAAGCACAAGGAAUUUURCCUUCAGCACAAAACACUGGUAAUCCAUAUGCUACCGGUCAGCCAGUAAAUCCACAGAUAAGAGCAAGGACACACAAAGAAGUUGGCUCCCAGCAAGURAAAUCUAAAGAAUAUACCUGGAAUAGAAAUGGCAGACAAGAUGAACUUAAAAUUAGAUGUAUUGCAAGAAAGUUCCUUUUUCUAUGGAUAAAGAAUGUUUAUGGGAGAUUGCAUCCCUUUGUUGCCAGAUCUCAUUAUCAACAACAGUUGAAGCUGAAAGUGAUCAGGACAUGGCAAGAGAUAUGGUGGUCAGGACGGAAGGGAUGGAAGCUCAACAUUAGAGCUGAAUAUCAUAACAGAUACAGGACAUGGGUUAAAGUAUGGAGGAAUUGGAGGGCUUAUGUAAUGAUACAAAGGGUCAAAAAUGAGAAAUUGCAAAGAGCCAUUCAACAUUACAAUGGAGCAGCACAGGCACUAUGCAUUUCAGCAUGGAAGAGAUAUCUGAAUGAUAGAAAACUCAAGAAGAGAAAGAAAGAACAUGCAUUGGAAAUAGCAAAUUAUUCACGUAAAAGAUGGGUAUGGUUAAAGUGGAUGAAAGYGAUUGAAAAGAGAAAAAUGCAAACUGAAAUGGAACACYCAGCACUGAAAUAUUGGGCUYUCAACCUUAUAGCCAAGAGCUGGACCUGUUGGAUGUCAGUUUGGGAUGAAAGCAGACUACACAAGAAAAAAAUGUAUUUUGCUAAACAAAAGGCUGACAAGUCCUUGAUMACAAAAGUAUGGAUUUGUUGGAAGAACUUCAUCACUGUCAAAAAGCUCAAAAAUAUUCAGAAAAGAAUUGCUGUGCGGCAUUGCAAUAUUUCAUUGAUAUCAAAAGCAUUGACACUGUGGACCAUGAGAUGGCAAAGGAACCAACAAAUUGCAGAGUUUGUUGACCUUAUUGAAUAUAAAGGAGACAUGUCGAGGAAGAGAAGAGUUCUAAUUCACUGGAAGUUUUAUGUAAUGUUACAACAACAUCAGCAGUUGGGGAAAGAAAAGGCUCACAAUCAUUAUUUAAGAACGCUAAAGAGGACAUGUUUCCAUYCUCUCAUGCAUUACAAACAAGUGCAAAAUCAGAAAUGGGUCAGGAAGAGGGAAUCACAAGAGUUUUGGCAUAAAUUGCAACUCAGGAGGGUCUGGAAGAUUUGGCUAAAAAGUUGUGAYCAUUCUGAGGAGCUAAAAAUAUAUCCUUUGACGAGAAAAGCAAGAACAUUGUACAGGGUGAGUUUGUUGCAGAAAGCUUUCAUAAAAUGGCAAAACUAUAGAAGAUGGAGAAAGUACAGAAAGAUGCAAUAUAGCAUUGCUGGCUUUCAUUAUAGCAAAAUCAUUUUACCAAGAUAUUUUAAUAGAAUAAAGAUGUUUGUGGAUAUCGUGAAAGAGAGAAGAGAGAUGCAGUACGAAGCUGACCAUUUUAGACGGUGUGACCAUCACUUUACAAAACCAGUGCUAUACAGGACAUGGGUUAAAGUAUGGAGGAAUUGGAGGGCUUAUGUAAUGAUACAAAGGGUCAAAAAUGAGAAAUUGCAAAGAGCCAUUCAACAUUACAAUGGAGCAGCACAGGCACUAUGCAUUUCAGCAUGGAAGAGAUAUCUGAAUGAUAGAAAACUCAAGAAGAGAAAGAAAGAACAUGCAUUGGAAAUAGCAAAUUAUUCACUUAAAAGAUGGGUAUGGUUAAAGUGGAUGAAAGYGAUUGAAAAGAGAAAAAUGCAAACUGAAAUGGAACACYCAGCACUGAAAUAUUGGGCUYUCAACCUUAUAGCCAAGAGCUGGACCUGUUGGAUGUCAGUUUGGGAUGAAAGCAGACUACACAAGAAAAAAAUGUAUUUUGCUAAACAAAAGGCUGACAAGUCCUUGAUGACAAAAGUAUGGAUUUGUUGGAAGAACUUCAUCACUGUCAAAAAGCUCAAAAAUAUUCAGAAAAGAAUUGCUGUGCGGCAUUGCAAUAUUUCAUUGAUAUCAAAAGCAUUGACACUGUGGACCAUGAGAUGGCAAAGGAACCAACAAAUUGCAGAGUUUGUUGACCUUAUUGAAUAUAAAGGAGACAUGUCGAGGAAGAGAAGAGUUCUAAUUCACUGGAAGUUUUAUGUAAUGUUACAACAACAUCAGCAGUUGGGGAAAGAAAAGGCUCACAAUCAUUAUUUAAGAACGCUAAAGAGGACAUGUUUCCAUYCUCUCAUGCAUUACAAACAAGUGCAAAAUCAGAAAUGGGUCAGGAAGAGGGAAUCACAAGAGUUUUGGCAUAAAUUGCAACUCAGGAGGGUCUGGAAGAUUUGGCUAAAAAGUUGUGAYCAUUCUGAGGAGCUAAAAAUAUAUCCUUUGACGAGAAAAGCAAGAACAUUGUACAGGGUGAGUUUGUUGCAGAAAGCUUUCAUAAAAUGGCAAAACUAUAGAAGAUGGAGAAAGUACAGAAAGAUGCAAUAUAGCAUUGCUGGCUUUCAUUAUAGCAAAAUCAUUUUACCAAGAUAUUUUAAUAGAAUAAAGAUGUUUGUGGAUAUCAUGAAAGAGAGAAGAGAGAUGCAGUACGAAGCUGACCAUUUUAGACGGGACGUCUUGUUGUCACAAGGAUUUUAUAAGUGGUAUCGAGAAAGCCAGCUUGCCAUUGAUGUCAAAAUGAUGACAAGAAUGGCUAUUCUACAUCAUGAUGAUACAAUCAAACUUCACUUUUUGAAAGUCUGGAGACUAAGGACAAGACAAGAACUUCGUCAACAUAGCCUUGAGAUUAAAGCCCAAAAUCACUAUGAACAGUUUCUGUUAAUCAAAGCAAUCACWGGAUGGAAGAACUUUGCCAGAGAAAUAACAAUCAGCCGCUACUACRACCAGACUGCAGUUAGACAUUAUUACUUGAAUUUACUGAGAAACAUAUGGUCAGCAUGGAGCAAGUAUAUUGAGCAAAGAGAGGCUAAAUGGCGAAAACAAGCUAUUGCAGACAUACAUUAUCAACAUAAAAGACUAAGAAAAUGCUUGGAGUGUUGGAAGGCAUAUCGUAAUGUCAAUCAAGCUGCCAUGUCCACUGCCAAUGAACGGUUUAGGGACCAUGAGCUAGCAAGAAUGAGGUAUUUACCAACUGAUGCAUAUCGUAAUGUCAAUCAAGCUGCCAUGUCCACUGCCAAUGAACGGUUUAGGGACCAUGAGCUAGCAAGAAUGAGGUGGGCCAUGUCAUCUUGGCAUCAUUUUGUCUUCUGGCACAAAAACAAGUGUAUUUUGAAUCAUCGUGCAAAGACUGCUUACCGAAACACUAUUGUCAAGAAGGCUUUCACUUCAUGGCAUGUGUAUACCUGUCAACAUUCUCUAAAAACUCAAGAACAAGCCGCCACGUGUAAGGAAAAAAGAGCAGUACUUGACCAAGCGAAAUUGCAUCGUGCUUUCCGUACUUGGAUAAAACUUACUAAAUCGUCCCAGCAUAAGAAAUCACUUCAUCAAAUCUCUGAACAGCAUCACAGAAAGAAACUWCUCAUAAAAGCACUGACAGCUUGGGGACAGUUUGUCAAGCAAAAUUUUAAAAUAAAGCUGUUGGAUAGACAAUCUCAUUGGCUGCACAACCAUAGGAUCACAAAAUGUUUCUUUAGAUCCUGGAAACGUCAGUACUCGAUUUCAAUUGAAACAAGAAAAAGAACAUCACUGUCUUUGUGGCACUGGAGUGUCACAUUACAAAGAAAGGCAUUUGAGGCAUGGCUGCAAUAUGCGGUUUCUAAAAAGCAGAAAGAAAUCCGUAUUGCACAAGCAUUGGAUCAAAGARGUGCAAGGCUCAUUAGAACUGGAGUAACUCACUGGAUUGAGGUGGCAUUCCACUUGUCGUCAAUAAGAAAUCGUUACGCACAAGCCCGUCACGUCCAGCAAGCUCACAACAUCCAUCAGGUAGUAUACAAGUGCGCUUUGCACUGGAGAAGAUGGACAGCAAAAAGACUUGCAAACAAAAUACCACAACGGCUGAAACCCGCGCAUGAGGAUCAUUCGAUACAAAGCACCUCGUAUCAAAGACCAACAGCAAAGAAAGCCACAACAAUACAAAUCCCGCCGGAUCUUUUCAAACCGCGUCCGAGGCCACGUGUCCCUGACUAUCUGCGAGAGUCCUACGAUAUAUCAUCGAUUGGCAUUGAGAUAUCACCGAUGAAUUGCGGUGUAUUGCCUAUCGUUAGUAUUGACGAUAAAGUUCCGAAUAUCGAUAGACAGUCUCCGAUGAAUGACGACAAAGCUCCGAUAAAUGACGACAAAGCMCCGAUGUCUUCACGAACGUUUAGCGUCAUGAAGCAAACAGAUGAGACACCUUGUCCUCGCCCCGUUCCUCCUCAACCCUGUAGUCAGGUUCUCCCUCACCCAAGGCAAAGGUCAUUCACAGACGACUCAAUGACGCUUUCGACUGACGGGGAGUGGGGUGGCGGAGCAUUGGUCCAGUCCGAACAGAGAGUUACUAACGUAAAGCUUUUGCCACCUUCUUCUUUUCAAGUGCCUUUCAAAGGCAGUAAACACAAGGAGAAACAGAUAAUACAAGAUAACGACCAUGAAGCAAGUAGAGGACGUGAUGAUGACAAAGAUAUCAAGACUGAAAUAUUUGAAGCAAGGAAAAAACUACAAGAGUAUUACAACCUUAAGCUUCGCUACAGGGCAGUUAAGCACAGUCGUGACGCUCUUGUGCAAACAAUUGAAAAUGGUAACAUAAGUCAAGAUUAUAAAGAACAAUUAGCAGAGCUGGAAGCCGAACUGGGAGAGUUAACGGGCAAGAUAGAACAAGACAAUUCUACCGUUGAGCUUGUGGCUGCUAAUAUACAACAACUGAUUGAAAAAGUCUCCCAAAGCAAAAUGUACAAUCAGGCACCUUUGUAAAUAGACACUCUAAAUACUGUAAAUAUAUUCUUUAAAAUUAUAUUUUAAUGACCUUAAAAGAAUUUAAAGCAUUUACAAACUAUUUUGUAAUAGUUUACGAAACAAAAAGUGCUUAUUCUUUUAGAUGAGUGCUGUUAAUCUCAGGCUCGUACCCAGUCGUUACGCUUUAUUUUUUGAUGCGCUCGAAGGGGUUGAUGAGAAGGAGAGAAAACGCCUUUCCUUCGCCUUCCGUUCAUACAUCGCGCGCCGCUCGAGAGAAGCGACUGGGAACGAGUCUCCUGUUAAUCUAUUGGACUCUACUGACAUGCAUUUCCAGGGUUG